GCGAGCGCAGCACUGACCGAAACCGACAGAGUUUAGUUGCACGAAGUAGAUUUUGACAGCGGAAUUCAGACUUUAGACUGUCACCAGCAACGGCCUCUGGAUGAUUGCAGCCUGCUUACCGGAGUAGGAUACGGUGUUGCUCCCUUCUUGGAAACUCCGCUGGAAUGAGCUAACAUGGAAACCAAACCUUUUCUGUCUUUAGACUCGUCAGGUCAGUUCCCUCCGUCCCCCCUGAGUUCUCCGAUGGGUCACCGUGGCCUGCCCCCCCCCCUGCACCCGUCUCUGCUCGGCGCGUCCAGCAUGGGGGGGUCGGGGGGGUCGCUGCACUCCCCCAUCAGCUCCCCCUUCCCCCUUAUCAGCUCCAUGGGCCCCCACACACACCCCGGCAACAGUGUGGCCUUCAGCCCGCAGAUGAAUUGUCCCAUGAGUGCGAUGAGCAGCUCUGAGGACAUCAAGCCGCCGCUGGGUCUUAACGGCAUCAUGAGGAGCCCCAGCCAGACGCCCUGCUCCUUCUCCGUCUCGCUCUCCAAACACAUCUGCGCCAUCUGCGGAGACCGCUCCUCAGGUAAACACUACGGAGUGUACAGCUGUGAAGGCUGCAAGGGCUUCUUUAAGCGGACAGUGCGUAAGGACCUGAGCUACACGUGUCGUGACAGCAAGAACUGCCCCAUCGACAAGCGCCAACGCAACCGCUGCCAGUACUGCCGCUACCACAAGUGCCUGUCCAUGGGCAUGAAGAGAGAAGCGGUGCAGGAGGAGCGUCAGCGGGGGAGAGAGCGGAGUGAUGGAGAGGCGGAGUCGAGCGGGGGGGUGAAUGAGGAGAUGCCGGUGGAGAAGAUUCUAGAAGCUGAGCUCACCGUCGAGCCCAAGACACACACCUACACAGAGGGCAGCCCUGGAACUCCUUCAACAUCGCCCAAUGACCCAGUGACAAACAUCUGCCAGGCGGCCGACAAGCAGCUGUUCACCCUGGUGGAGUGGGCCAAGAGGAUCCCGCACUUCUCUGAGCUGCCCCUGGACGACCAGGUCAUCCUCCUCAGAGCAGGGUGGAAUGAGCUUCUGAUCGCCUCUUUCUCGCACCGCUCCAUCUCGGUGAAGGACGGCAUCCUGCUGGCCACUGGGCUGCACGUCCACAGGAACAGUGCCCACAGCGCGGGCGUGGGCGCCAUCUUCGACCGGGUGUUGACAGAGCUCGUGUCUAAGAUGCGUGACAUGCAGAUGGACAAAUCAGAGCUGGGCUGCCUAAGAGCUAUUGUCCUCUUUAACCCAGAUUCGAAAGGCCUGUCGAACGCGGCCGAGGUGGAGGUCCUGAGAGAGAGGGUCAACGCUUCCCUGGAGGCGUACUGCAAGCACAAGUACCCGGAGCAACCCGGGAGGUUUGCGAAGCUCCUGCUGCGUCUGCCGGCCCUGCGCUCUAUUGGGCUCAAGUGUCUGGAGCACCUGUUCUUCUUCAAGCUCAUCGGAGACACGCCCAUCGACACCUUCCUCAUGGAGCUGCUGGAAACCCCGCACCAGAUGACGUAAUGGACGUCACACACACACAGACACACACACAGUGAUCGGCGUCCCACGGGGAGGAAUGUCGCCGCUUCACCUCAAGAAGACUUUUGUGCCACUCUCAGAAAACCAUUGUGCUCUCUCUCUCUCAUAGUGUCAUUUCCUGUCUCUCUGUCUCUCUCUCUCUCUCUCUCAUAGUGUCAUUUCCUGUGUCUCUCUCUCUCUCUCUCUCAUAGUGUCAUUUCCUGUCUCUCUGUCUCUCUCUUGCGUGCUCUGUUUCCCUCUGUCUGCUUCUCUCUGUCUGUGUGCCUGACGACUGGUCCCACUGGAGAGUUCCCAUUGGGUGUAAAGGAAACAGACAGUGAUGAGACCCUACCCCGGGCUACCCCAGUACAGGCUCCUCCCUCAUCAGGCUGAUUGACAGGACAGGAGACAGCCCACUCCUGCAGGAACCUGAUUAACUGCACACACUGGAUCUCUCAGUUCAUCGCAUCUCCGCUGCACACCUGACCUGAGAUCAGACCGUCUCCUCCUCCUGCCUCUCACCACAACAGUACACGCUGCGCUGCACACCUGACCUGGGAUCAGACCGUCCCCGCUGACCUGGGAUCAGACCGUCCCCGCUCGCUGCACACCUGACCUGGGAUCAGACCGUCCCCGCUGACCUUGGAUCAGACCGUCCCCGUUGACCUGGGAUCAGACCGUCCCCGUUGACCUGGGAUCAGACCGUCCCCGCUGACCUGGGAUCAGACCGUACCCGCCUCCUCUCGCUCACCACUACAGUACACACUGCGCCCAGAGCAGCCCUAGCAGAGCGCUCUCUCUCUCUCUCACUCUCUCUCCUGUGUAUGGGCUGGGGAUGGUGAUUCACAUGAUGAGAAGAUUUCUGUUCUUCUGUACCUCAAUCAGCAGCCCUGUGCACAGUGCUGUCAGGUCCUCUCACUGCCCAGGACCCAACGGCACACUCCUGCCUUUAGCAGCAGGCACAGACACAAUCACAGACACAACACGCCUGCCUUCAGCAGCAGGCACAGACACAGACACAGCACCCAGGACCCAACUACACACGCCUGCCAUCAGCAGCAGCCACAGACACAGGCACAGACACAGGCACAGACACAGGCGUGUGCGCUUCUUUACCUCUGAGGAAGGACAAGGCGGAGGAGACAAAAUGACCCUUCCUCAUUUUUGGCACUUAGCUCUUUUGCCAAGUAGUGAUGACACUAGCCAAGUAGUGAUGACACUAGCCAAAAGGCACUGUACAGGAGGUAGAGACCGUGGCCUCGUUUGGGUAUGACCAGACCAAACAAACGGCCGGCCUCUCUGAGGCAGAAAGUUAUGAAAAGCAAGGGCGCCAAUCAUGUUUUUUUAUGAUUAAUUAACAGCGUAGAAAUGUUUUCAGACGUCAAACUCAAAUUGUGGUUUCAUUCUACUGUUGCAUGUGUUUGUACCGAGCAUUUCCAAAGAGUGCUUUAGGCUCUGGAGUCCCUUCAGCAGGUGGCAAAACAGUACACCAGUACACACACACACACACACAAACACACAAACCGGAGCUGUGAAGCUGUGGACUUGCCUCAGGGACACUGUGGGCAUAUACAGAGAGCUCACACCACCCCCUGGUGGAUAGGAGACCACACUGCAACCACAUCACAUCACAUCACAUCACGGACGACUGAAGCCAUCUGAACAGCUGAACGGCCACACAUGCACUGUGUGUGUGUAGUCCGGGAAAUAUACCUCAGGUUUAAACCUCAUGUCAUUUUUCUGUUGGUUUCCUCAGUGGGAGUAGUAUUUUGGACAACAUGCUUAACAUAUGUACUCGUUAAGUACAAAGCAAUAAUUCAUUUCCAUAAAGGAUUUCUGAUUUUGGUUUUUAUACGUUAUUUACAUACCAAGUAUUGCAUACUGAGCCGUUCCUCGCCAAACAGUAUUGCCCAGGGAGUGACUGUACUGUAGUAUUACACUUCUGAUUUCUAACGGAAACAGCAGCUGUAGAGAUGAAGUCUCAGAGACCUCCCUCCCGUUCACUGCCCCAAGGUCAGGGAGCCAAGGCCAGGGCCAUGUCCCCAUUUGAAGCUGUAAUUGGCUCUCUUCUAAACAUAAUCAACCAAUCAGCCGCUGAUCCUCAGAUGUGUGCAUUCCAUGUAUGCGCCAUGUAGUGUCAUCAGCAACAUAUUUUGUGUGUAAACACAGUAAGUACACAGGAAGCCAGAGCAGCUCAGACUUUUAUUUUCAUAAUUGCAGGAAGGUGUUCCUCUGUUCUGGCUUAUAGAACCUUAUUAUAAGGUGCAGUAUGUAUGGGAAAUGAGUUGACAAUGUGUUUCUUUAAACUAUAUCUGUUUAUGUGUUGAUCUAGUUCCAUGUAUUCCUCUGCAUUUCUUUGUUGCUUACCUUAACUGAAACAAACAAUGAAGAGGUAUAAAAUACACAGGAAUGUUGGCCCACUGAAUACAGGGCCAUUUAAUACAGGCCCAUUUAAAUGUUUGACAAAAAUUGCAUGCUACACUACAUACUGUAUCAUGAAGAAGAUUUAAAUUUUUAAAUUUUGUUUGAUUUUGUGUGAAAUUGCUACCCAGGAAAUCCAGAGUUCUCGUGAGAGCUAAAUUUGACAGCGAGUGACUCUGGCGACGAGUAAUGAUGCUCAUUACCUAUGCCCAUGGAGCCGAGCUGCACCAAUCACAUCGGUGUAUCUGAUAUAGGCGGGCCAGAGGCGAGCUAAACAGAUGACGACAGCGCUGAAACGUCGAUGUCCGGAAACAUUGGUCGAAGUGUUAUCCAAUUGCGUGCAGUGAUAUUUUCAAACGCAUGCUUGGUGCCGCCCCCUCGAGUUGGGCCAUUUUCAUUACUCGUAGCCAGACCUUUAAUCUUUCGGACUGGGUCUGGUCCUCCAGGGUAUGAGACUGCAGCAAGCCUCACUAAUAGAUCUCCCCAGCUGGUCUCCCUGGCAACCCUACAGGGGCGGAGUCAGGGCCAUGUCAGGACCCCACCCCGCCUGCUGGGUGAGUCAUGCAGGUUAACGACACUGAGAUUUACACGUGCGAUGAUACACAGCUUAUCCAACAGCUAACAACUCAGCUUAUCAAACAGCUAACAACUCAGCUUAUCCAACAGUGAACAACACAGCUUAUCAAACAGCCAACAACACAGCUUAUUCAACAGCUAACAACACAGCUAACAACUCAGCUUAUCCAACAGCUAACAACUCAGAGCAUCAAACAGCUAACAACUGAGCGCAUCCAACAGCUAACAACUCAGCUUAUCAAACAGCUAACAACUCAGCUUAUCAAACAGCUAACAACUCAACUUAUCAAACAGCUAACAACUCAGCACAUCCAACAGCUAACAACUCAGCUUAUCAAACAGCUAACAACUCAGCUUAUCCAACAGCUAACAACUCAGCGCAUCAAACAGCUAACAACUCAGCGCAUCCAACAGCUAACAACUCAGCGCAUCAAACAGCUAACAACUCAGCUUAUCCAACAGCUAACAACUCAGCGCAUCAAACAGCAACCACUGUUGCUGUUUCUAGCGAGUCAGCAUCAACAUACACAAACCCAAGAGACCCCACCAACAAACUCACUUCCUAGCUGAAUCAUAAAAGACCAUGAAAAAAAAGAAAGAAUAUAUUUUUGUACAAAUGUAAUUUUAUCCCUCCUAUGUAGUUAUUUCCUUCAUCCUAUGGAAUGUUGUGUAAUUUGUGUAAAUGCUGAUUUCUGGAACAAAACAAAAUAAAGAAUGGGAGAGAUGCCUUGAGGAUGUCCUGACACUCUGGAACUCCUCUGACUAAUUGAGGUUCUGGAACUAUGCCUAACAAUGGAGCGAGGGUUCUUUUUUGUAUCCUAGAAGAGCGGACUGUGUGUCCCUCUGAACUGUUUGUUGUUCUGACGACAAUUAAAAAUUCAAGUUUU